GUAGGAUAGAACGAUGUGAGGUGACAGAGACACACGCGCGCAUAACUUGGCCAAGAGAAAAGAGAAGGAUCGUAGCUGCGAGAAGAGGUAAACGGCCGAAAAGAGCAGAGGCAACGUCGUCCUUUAUUAUGCGUGGUUCGAGAAGGAAGAGGCCCAACCAACAGACCCAGAAGUGACAUGGGUGAUGUGAGGUAGAGAUCGGUGGGUCGGUGACUUAAAUGGAUCGCGGCCGGUUUCGCGACAGAUAGAGGAGGUCGGGGACACCGCGUCCGCGGGGACACUCCCUCUGUGAACUCUCUCUCUCUCUCUCUCUCUCUUUCUCCCUCCCCUGUCUCUCUCUUUCUCUCUCGCUCUUGCUCUCGAGAGAGAUUUGAUGGAAGAUUGAGAGAAGAAAGCGGGCGGAAAGAUGCGGGGCAGUCCUGCGUUCUUCGCCAUAUUACUGGGCACGAUAUUCGGUGUCCUCGGCGCGUCUCUCAGCAAGGCGCUCCGAUACAAAGCGCCGGACGAGUGCAAGUGGGUGGCGACCGGCGACACCGAGGACGACGUCUCGCUGGUCUGCCGCCUGAGAACCAUCAACAGCGAGCUGGAGAACACGAAUUUCAGCGUGAUACAGCCGCAGCACACGGUCCGUCUGCGGCUGGAAUGCAGCGACGCGUUGUUCUACCAGAGCUCGCUGAGCGCCGGAAGUUUCAGGCCGUUGGUCGAGCUGCGCGAACUGGUGAUCGAGUACUGCAAGAUCGGUAACCUGUCGGACGACGCGUUCAAAGGGCUGAAGGAAUUGCGUAACUUGACCGUGAGGACGCACAACACCGACUGGUCGGCGAUGGCGCUGGACGUGUCGGCCGGCGCGUUCACGGACGAGCUGAGACAAUUGGAGAAACUGGAUCUCGGCGAGAACAACAUGUGGAGUAUACCGGAGGGUGCCCUCUGUCCGCUGGUCAAUCUGGAGAUUUUAAACUUGACGAGGAACCGACUGCGCGAGGUGACCAGCUUUCGUUUCAACGGGGCGUCGAGGUGUCUGUCGAGCCUGAAGGAGCUGGAUCUGAGCAACAACAGCGUCGAAACGUUGCCGACCGCCGCGUUCUCCGGCUUGACCAGGCUGCACAGCCUCGACCUACGGUGCAACGCCAUCAGCUUCAUGGCGGACCGCGCGUUCGAGGGCCUCUCCUCGUUGGCCAUCUUGAGGCUCGCGGACAAUCGGCUGGCCAGCUUGCCGCCCGAACUCUUCAGCGACGCGCGAAACAUCCAGGAGAUUCACUUGAGGAACAACACGUUGAACGUGCUACCGCCCGGUUUGUUCAGUGAACUGACGCAUUUGUUGGUGCUGGAUCUUUCGCACAACGAGUUGACCGCCGAGUGGGUGAACGCGGCUACGUUCAGUGGUUUGGUACGUUUAGUGGUGCUCGAUCUGUCCAACAACCGUAUCGCUCGGCUAGAUCCGACCGUGUUCCGCGACCUCUACAGCCUGCAGAUCCUCCGGUUGCAGGAGAAUCUGCUGGAAACACUGCCGGAGAACACGUUCUCCGCGCUCUAUAAUCUUCACACGCUGUUGCUCAGCUAUAAUCUGCUAACUGUUAUCGACGCGACCACGCUCAGCGGCCUUUACGUGCUGAAUCUGCUCUCGUUGGACAACAACCGGCUGCACACGAUCCACCCGAGCUCCCUGAGGAACGCCUCGUCCCUCCAAGAGUUUCAUCUGAACCGCAACCAGCUCAAGUCCGUGCCGGACGCGCUGAAAGCCACACCCCUUCUGCGAACCCUCGACCUCGGCGAGAAUCUCAUUUCGGAGAUACCGACCGGCACGUUCGACCACGUGGCCCAGCUGUACGGCCUCCGAUUAACCGAGAAUCAUAUCGGCAAUCUCACCAAGGGUGUCUUCGAUCGCAUCAAGGAGCUCAAGAUAUUGAAUCUCGCCAUGAAUCGCAUACAGUACAUCGAGCCGGGCACAUUCGACGAGAACCUCAACCUCCAAGCGAUCCGUCUGGACGGCAAUCAGCUGACGGACAUCGCCGGCCUGUUCACCAAUUUGCCGAAUCUCGUCUGGCUGAACGUCAGCGACAACAAGCUCCGGUGGUUCGACUACGCGAUGAUACCGACCGGCCUCCAGUGGCUCGACAUCCACUCGAACGAGAUACGAGAGCUCGGCAACUACUUCGAGAUCGAGAGCCAGUUACAGCUGAGCAUCUUCGACGCCAGCGAGAACAAACUCACGGAGAUCACCGGGAACGCGAUCCCGAUGAGCGUCGAGAGGCUCUACUUGAACGACAAUCAGAUCUCCAAGGUGCAGAGUUACUCGUUCUUCAAGAAGCCCAACCUGACCACCGUCGAGCUCAAGGGGAACCAGAUACGCAACUUGGAGCCGUACGCGCUGCGCAUCAGCGCCGUCCCGCCGGAGAAACCGCUGCCGGAGUUUUACAUCGGUGACAAUCAGUAUCUGUGCGACUGCACCAUGGAGUGGCUGCAACGUGUCAACAGACAGAACCAAACUCGCGUGCAACCGCGCGUCAUGGACCUGGAGAGCAUCUACUGCAAACUUCUGUACGAUCGGGAGCACGCGUUCGUCCCUCUGGUCGAGGCGUCGCACUCGCAGUUCCUCUGCAAGUACGACACCCAUUGCUUCGCGCUGUGCCAUUGCUGCGACUUCGACGCCUGCGACUGCGAGAUGACGUGCCCUUUGAACUGCACGUGUUACCACGAUCAGUCGUGGUCGGCGAACGUGGUGGACUGUUCCAACGGUGGUCACGCGAACAAGCUGCCGGAACAAAUACCGAUGGACGCGACGCGGCUCUAUCUGGACGGUAACGACCUGCGCGCGGUGUCCAGUCACGCUUUCAUCGGCCGUAAGAAGCUCAAAGUUCUGUUCCUCAACUCCUCCAACAUCGAGAUCGUGCAGAAUCGAUCGUUCAACGGCCUCCGAGACCUGGAGGACCUUCAUCUGCAAGACAACAAGAUUCGGGAGCUGAAGGGCCACGAGUUCGAAGGGCUGGACGCUCUCAAGCUUCUUUACCUGCAUCGGAACCGGAUCGCCUCGAUAGGCAACGACACCUUCGCCUCUCUCCGAUCGUUGCGCGUUCUUCGAUUGGAGAGCAAUCGUUUGACGACGUUGGCCGUGUGGACGUUACCCGGGUCGAUCGAGGUCAACCUGUCCGGCAAUCCAUGGUCGUGCGAGUGUGACUACGUUCAGAGUUACCGCGAGUGGAUCCGUGAGCCGAACGUUCGCGUGACGGACGCGUCGGCGUUGCGCUGCGUGUACAACGUGACGGAGUUCGAGGCGUUCGGUGACGAGGUAUUCGCGGACAACGAGUUCGGCUUCUCGAUGAUGGCGAGCAACGAUCGCGAGAGGAGCAACGACACGGUGUGCACCGGCGCCAGCAGCAUCGACAACGACGUGCACCGCAACUACACCAAGACCAUCAUCGAGAAACAGGUGCUGCAGGACUAUCUCCCGCUGUUGAUCGCCACGUUGGUCGGCUCGUUGCUGGUGGUUCUCCUCUGUAUGUUGGGAUUCGUGUUCCGGCAAGAGCUUCGCGUGUGGUUCCACUCGAGGUUCGGCGUGAGGAUAUUCUACAGGAACCACGAGGUGGACCGAGACGAUCGGGACAAACUGUUCGACGCGUUCGUCAGCUACAGUUCCAAGGACGAGGCGUUCGUCGCCGAGGAACUGGCGCCCGUGCUAGAGAUGGGCAACCCUUCCUACAAACUGUGCCUCCACUAUCGGGACUUCCCUGUCGGGAGCUUCAUAGCCGACACCAUCGUCCAGGCGGUCGAGUCCUCGAGGAGAACGAUAAUGGUGCUGUCGGAGAACUUCAUCAAGUCGGAGUGGUGUCGGUUCGACUUCAAGUCGGCGCACCAUCAGGUGUUGCGCGACCGAAGACGCAGACUGAUCCUGGUGCUGGUGGGCGACGUCCAUCAGCGAGACCUCGACCCAGACAUCAGGCUGUAUCUGAAGACCAACACGUACUUGCAAUGGGGCGACAAGCUGUUCUGGGAGAAGCUUCGGUUCGCGUUGCCGGACGUGCCGAACAAUCAGAGGGCCACGCAGAGGACGAGGCAGCCGCCGCCGGUCCGACGGCAGCACAACAACAGGACGUCCAACGGAUCGCGUACCGUCUCCGUCCACAUAUGAGAGAGCCCUCUCCGUGCUUUCGUUCCCCGGUGUUGUUCGCGUGUUUUCGUGAACGUGUGCCUUCUCUUCCGGUCGACGGUCGGAGUGAGCGUCCAAAGGCGAGAAGAAAGAAGGAGGACAUCGGUGCGCGAUGACCGAUGUAUCGGGGCACAGUGCGUUUACCAACGGUGCAAUAGGAUACGCGUAUAAAAGUGUAAAUACUUCGUGGAUCGCUGUCUGUAUAAAUGUUUAAUCGAGAAAAGGGAGGAUCCCAGUGUGUGUCGUUGUAAAUAGAGAGAAAGAGAGAGAGAGAGAGAGAGAGAACGAAAUGGUAAAGAAACGGAGAAUAAAGAAAGAGAGAAUGUGCGUAUGUGCGAGUGUGCGUGAUUAUAAUAUUUAAGGUGCUUGCCCCGUGAGACCACGGGGAUACAUUACCGAGACUGUACUCGUCCCGGUGUUCUGUACGUUGCAGCAGCGCAGUCAGUGAGUUUGCUAGAUAGCUUAAAGUCGUUGUAAAUACGUCCCCCCGUCUUCUGCGUCUCUACCAAGACUGUUCUCCCUCCCGCCGGUUGAUCAAGCUCACGGUUAAUUUAGGAUUAACAGUGCGUGAAAGAUCUCGUCGGACGAGAGAUAUUCUCUCGCGUAUCGUCAUAGCCUCGUGGUGUACACACUUCCGCGAUGUGUACACACCGCGGCACAGGGGGCCCUCACGAGCUCACGGUGUGCCAUGUGAAUUUACCUUCGAUAACAGCCUGUGCGCGCCAUUAUCGUACGAAGGAUCGUAUUAGGAAUGCGAGAAAUCUAUGGAAUACACACUUCGUCAGUACGCUCCGACUUUGAUUCGUCGAAUCGAGCGGAUAUUUCGAACGUCACGCGAUCCUUUCGCGCUACGUGAAUCCUUUUGAAAAUCUGAUCGGAAACGAGGGGAACGCGAACGUUUCGCGUCGUCUCAAUGUCUCGUGGCGAGAUCGUCGUUUCUCGUGUCGUUUCGAGUUUCCAAUCGCAGUGAUAUUCACUUCCUCCUCUGAUCGUAGCGCUAAUCCAAUUGUGUAUUUAAUUGUAUCUAGACCGGCGAGUUUUCGUCCGCAGCUACGCGAAUUCUUUCUACUGUAUGCCUCUGUCAUUUGUAAAGUAUUAACGCGUGCAAAACUCUAUCUUAUUUAUUUCGUUUCGGUUGAACGUUGAAACGAGAGGCGUCGCGUGCGUUUCACGACGCGUACGUCGUUCCGAUCGCAAUCGGAUAAUCGCGUGCCACCGGGGGCGAAGGUCUCCGGACUUGAAUUCGAUCUGCCUUUGUUUUUUUCUCUUUCUUCCUUUUUUUUUUUACUUUUUUUCUCUUUCCUUCCUUUGUGCUCGUUUCUGUUCGCGAUACACGUCGACUUGGCUCCAAGAGCGAAGGAUACGACGUUUCACGGUAGAAUACUGUUCAGACAAUUGUUCGGGCAAAACUUGAAAUUGAAAACGACGGUCGGAUUCAGGAUGGCGCGCGUCGCGCAAGGAGACAUAAAAAAAAAAAGGCAAAAGCCCGCUAUAAAUAAUUGAAACGCAAUGUACAAACGUGAAAACAAACAAAUCUCCUUCAGCUUUCCUCGCAAGCGACUCAUCUCUCUGUUUUUUUUUUUUUCUUUUUUUUUUUCAAUUUUCUCUUCUCUUCUGCGAACUACUUUCUCGAACCACGUGAAAGAUAAUGUUAGAUUAAAAACCUGUGACUGAAAAGUAAUAAAAUGCUCUAUUUUUAUGUUUUUAA